GUUUUUCUCUCUCGCCAGAAUUCAUCUAGUUAGUCACGUGCUGACGUCUGCGGAUCUCUGACCGUGCAACCUCACGUAUGUUCCUCUGCAAGAACCGACUCCACGCCUCAAGCCCCUGACGAGCAUCCCGACGCGAGUGUGUGUGGUGUGGCGAUCUGUGAGCUCAAGGUUAGAUGUUCUGUCAAAAACAGCUGGAUGCUACUCGGCUAGCGAGCCUGUAGCGGAGAGCAGCUUCUGCAGAGCGGUGGAGGUGUCCGGUUCAAAAUCCUCGCUGCAGCACCGGAAGUGAUCGGCGAGGAUGCGGAGCCGCAGUAACUCAGGAGUGAGGCUGGAUGGAUACGCCAGGCUGGUCCAGGAGACCAUCCUGCGCCACCAGAACCCAGUGACGGGACUUCUGCCCGCCAGUGCCCAGCAGAAGGAUGCCUGGGUGCGGGACAACGUGUACAGUGUCCUGUCUGUGUGGGGGCUGGGCAUGGCCUACCGAAAGAAUGCAGACCGCGAUGAAGACAAGGCCAAGGCCUACGAACUGGAGCAGAGUGUGGUGAAACUGAUGCAGGGGCUUCUACAGUGCAUGAUGAGACAGGUGGCCAAGGUGGAGGAGUUCAAACACACCCAGAGUACAACAGAUUGCCUGCAUGCCAAGUAUGACACUCCCACCUGUGCCACGGUGGUCGGGGACGACCAGUGGGGGCAUCUCCAGGUGGAUGCCACCUCCAUUUACCUGCUGAUGCUGGCAGAGAUGACGGCUUCAGGUCUUCGUAUCAUCUCAAACCUGGAUGAGGUGGCCUUUAUCCAAAACCUGGUCUUCUACAUAGAAGCUGCCUACAAAGUGGCGGACUAUGGGAUGUGGGAGCGAGGGGACAAGACCAACCAGGGGAUCCCCGAGCUCAAUGGCAGCUCCAUAGGAAUGGCUAAGGCAGCUCUGGAGGCCAUAGAUGAGCUGGAUCUUUUUGGCGCCCACGGAGGACCGAAGUCAGUCAUCCAUGUUUUGCCUGAUGAUGUGGAACAUUGUCAGUCCAUCCUGUGCUCCAUGCUGCCGAGAGCUUCCACGUCAAAGGAGAUAGACGCUGGUCUUCUGUCGGUCAUUUCCUACCCCGCCUUUGCUGUUGAGGAUCCUGAACUGGUGGCCAUCACCAAGUCAGAAAUCAUAAGCAAACUGCAGGGUCGCUUUGGCUGCUGCCGCUUCAUCAGGGAUGGAUACCGUUGUCCCAAAGAGGAUCCAUCUCGGCUGCACUACGAUCCUGCCGAGCUCAAGCUGUUUGAGAACAUCGAAUGUGAAUGGCCCGUGUUCUGGACCUACCUCAUCCUGGACGGUAUCUUUGCCGGAGACCAAGUGCAGGUGCAGGAGUACCGCGAUGCACUGGAAGGCAUCUUGAUCAGAGGGAAGAACGGCAUCAAACUGGUGCCUGAACUUUAUUCUGUACCACGUGACAAGGUGGAGGAGGAGUACAGCAGUCCUCACUCGGUGGACAGAGUGGCAAUGGGGCAGCUGCCGCACAUGUGGGGACAGUCGCUCUACAUCUUGGGCUGUCUUCUGGCUGAGGGGUUUUUAGCACCAGGAGAGAUAGAUCCUCUCAACAGGAGAUUCUCUACAAACUUCAAGCCAGAUGUCGUGGUACAAGUUUGUGUUCUUGCUGAGUCGGAGGAGAUCCAGGAGCUGUUAUGUGAUCAUGGGAUAACGGUCCAGACGAUGUCAGAAGUUUUGCCUAUCAGGGUCAUGCCUGCUCGCAUCUUGAGCCAUGUCUACGUCAGACUGGGGAACUGCAAGAAACUGAAUUUGAGUGGGAGGCCCCACAGACACAUUGGAGUCCUAGGAACAUCCAAAUUUUACGAGAUCAGAAAUCGCUUCUAUAUAUUCUGCCCCCAGUUUCUGGAUCAGCACCAUUUCUACCUGGCACUGGACAACCAGAUGAUUGUGGAGAUGUUACGGACCGAGCUGGCCUACCUCUCCUCUUGCUGGAGGAUGACAGGACGACCCACGCUCACUUUCCCCAUCACCCGCAGCAUGCUGGUUGAAGAUGGAGAUGCGAUUGAUCCAUGUAUCCUAGCAACCCUCAGGAAACUACAGGAUGGCUAUUUUGCUGGAGCGAGGGUGCAGAUGUCCGACCUCUCCAGUUUCCAGACAACUUCGUUCCACACUCGCCUCAGUUUCCUGGACGAAGAGAACGACGACAGCCUACUGGAGGAUGAAGACGAGGACGACUUUGGGGACGAAUAUGGAGAAUAUCACAAAUCUGGUCCCUCAGAGGGCUCGGAAGACAUGUUUGACCAGUACCUCACGCAGCUCCUCCACAGCACCAACACCAAGAGCCACCUUCCUCCCAUCCAGAGGGGGCAUCACCACGUCUUCAGUGCCGAACACACCACAAGAGACAUUCUGUCUCUCAUGGCCCAGGUGCAGGGCCUGAACAUACCCAAGUCUUCCAUGUAUCUACCUGUGGCUCCUAUCAAGAACCAACACCGCAAAUCUCUCAACCUUCUCGAUGUUCCUCAUCCUCAGCAUGGCUCACAUGCAAGGCAGCACAAGCCCCACAGUGUGGCCGACCUGCACCUGCCUCGGGACGCUCAGGGCAACACCGACUUUGCGGCGUUGGUGAGGCAGCUGAAAGAGUGUCCCACUCUGCAGGACCAGGCGGACGUCCUCUACAUUCUCUACGUGAUGAAAGGAGCUGAUUGGCUGGUGGAGCUGUCAGGUCCUGGGCAGGGUGGGAUCAGCGUGCGUUCACUGUUAGAAGAGCUCUAUGUACAAGCUGGAGCCUGCAAAGAGUGGGGUGUCAUCAGGUACACCUCGGGAAUACUACGCAAGAGAGUGGAGGUCCUCGCUGAGGCCUGCACAGAUCUUAUUUCCCAUCACAAGCACCUGACCGUGGGUCUACCUCCUGAACCCAGGGAAAGAGUCAUCACUGUGCCACUUCCUCCCGAUGAGUUGAACACUCUCAUCUAUGAAGCCAGCGGCCAGGACAUCAGUAUCGCUGUACUCACUCAGGAAAUCAUGGUCUAUCUCGCCAUGUACGUGCGCUCCCAGCCUGCUCUGUUCGGGGACAUGCUGCGACUCAGGAUAGGCCUCAUCAUGCAGGUGAUGGCCACUGAGCUGGCUCGCAGUCUGCACUGUUCCGGGGAGGAGGCAUCUGAGAGCUUGAUGAGUCUGAGUCCAUUCGACAUGAAGAGCCUCCUGCAUCACAUCCUCAGUGGCAAAGAAUUUGGGGUUGAGAGGAGCAUGCGCCCAAUCCAGUCGACGGCCGCCAGUCCGGCCAUCUCCAUCCAUGAAUUAGGCCACACUGGUGCCACCAAGACCGAACGCACAGGAAUACACAAACUGAAGAGUGAGAUAAAGCAGAUCGUCAGCGGUGGUUUCUCCUUAAGUAGCAAUGUCACUUCUCCUCGCUCCACGCGCUGCAGCAGCCCCUCCACCCCCAGUGGAAUCCUGUCCCCAGUGGGCCCUGGUCCGGCGGACGGACAGCUGCAGUGGGAGGAGAGGCAGGGCCAGUGGCUGAGGAGACGCAGGCUGGAUGGAGCCAUCAACAGAGUACCGGUGGGUUUCUACCAGAAGGUCUGGAAGAUCCUGCAGAAGUGCCACGGGCUGUCCAUCGAUGGAUACGUGCUGCCUUCUUCAACCACAAGAGAGAUGACAGAAGGAGAAAUCAAGUUUGCGGUGCAGGUGGAGUCCGUCCUGAACCACGUCCCCCAGCCAGAGUACCGGCAGCUGCUUGUCGAGACCGUGAUGGUUCUCGGCCUGGUAGCCGACGUGGACGUGAACAGCAUCGGUGGCAUCAUCUAUGUGGACCGCAUCCUGCAUUUGGCCAAUGACCUCUUCCUCAACGACCAGAAAUCUCACAGUGCCAGUGAUUAUUUCCUGGAGAAGGAUCCGGCGACCGGGAUCUGCAACUUUUUCUACGAUAGCGCCCCCAGUGGCAUCUAUGGAACCAUGACGUAUCUGUCCAAGGCAGCGAUCACUUACGUCCAGGAUUUCCUGCCAAGUUCCAGCUGCCUGAUGCAGUGAACUUGGAGAAAGACUCUCAUAGGUCAAAGGCAGUAUCAGCUCAUACGAUCCGUGAGGUGCUUGGAAGUAUUUACUCAAUAACCAGUGAAUGAACUCAAUAGCUCUCUCACAUUAAUGUGACGUCAUAUCCUUGGCAGCUGGUUGCAUAUUAUUAUAUACAAAUUUAUUUUCUCUUUGGGGUCCACACUGUGAACUUAUUUAUUAUUAUAAACAUGCUAUUCAGAUGUACGUUUACAGAACUUACUGACAUGCAUUUUAUUUAAACUCAAGUCUGACAGAGAUAUACAAACCUCUUAGUGUACUUGGUGUUGUUUGUGAGAAUAUAAUGUAAACUGUUCAUAUGCCCAGCGGUUAUCAGAGUCAACAUUUUCCUAAUUUCUUCACACAUUCCUCACAAACCAAUAAUUUGUACUUCUAUCUUCUGCCUCCAUUACCAUUUAGUUUGAUCUGUGUUUAGUGUUAUAAAAAUGUAUUGUUCAAUUGUAAUUAGUAAUUUCCCUCCCACAAAUGACUAAUUUGUGGAAGGGAAUUAACACAAAUAUUUACCUCUGGUAGUAUUGCUUAAUUUACAUAUUAAGGAAUACUACAGACCUAAUAAUUCAGUGCUGAUUUUACUGACACUUCCUGUAUAAAUAUUUGUGUAAGGGGCACAAUAAUCAUAGUUUUGAAUAGCUUUGAAUGCCUGUAUGUUUAUGUCCUUGCAGAUGUGCAUGAUUGUCACUCCCAAACUUUCGUUACUAAUGAGGCGAAUCUUUUAAGUUUAAGGUAUUGAGGGUUUUGUUGUGUAGUUUUAUAAACUGAAUAUACACAAUA